CGGAAUCUUUCUUCUCUCCUUUGUCAUCUCCUACUUUCACUCUUCCUGUUCUUGUGAGGAACGGCGUGGAUAGUCGAUAUGGCCAUGAACGUGAAGCCUCUAAAUGCUGAUACAACGUUCUUGAUCGACUUCAUCCCUUUGUUCGCGCCUGCACGUGCGUCGGCUCGGUUUCCUGGAUCCUUUACUGUCUUGAUUGAUCCUUGGGUGACUGGAAGCUCUUCUGUUUGGAAGGAAUCUUUCCAAAUAUCACAUCACACAACUUCACCAUGCAUCUCUUCGUUGAGAGAGAUUCCACAACCGGACCUCAUCAUCAUAUCGCAGGACAAACCCGAUCACUGCCAUAAGCAGACCUUGUGCACUCUACCAGCAGACGCCAGGAUUCGCAUUCUGGCAACUCCAGUAGCUUCCAAGCUGAUAAGAUCAUGGAAGUACUUCACACAUGCGACUGUCGAAACAAUGCAGCCAUACAACAGCAAGAAUAAUGACUCGAUUAUACGCAUUCCAAUCCCUGGCUACUCCUCCUUUAGCCAAGGCGGUGAAGUCACUGUGACUUACGUGCCUCAACGGAUGGAUCCUACGAGGCUUCACAACGCGAUAGGCCUUACAUAUCGAGCACCAAACAGCACAACCACAUCAGUAAACGGAUCCGUCGUCAAUCUGUUGAACCUACCGCCAUCCCCACAAGACUCUCCAAUGGCAGGAAAUUUCCCAGAUCCAAUGAACGGUCGAAACAACCCUAUGACACCACCUGAUUCGCCCAUGGAGCUAGAUGGAAACUCGCCUAUGUUUCCGUCACGCGAAAAGACCAUCAGUGUUCUCUACAGCCCCCAUGGCGUCGCAUAUACUGCCAUUGAGCCAUAUGCAUCGUCACAUUUGGCCAAAGAGUCGGCACUACCUCUCACGGCUCUGUUUCAUUCGAUCAACACGGAGGAGAAUCCGUGGUUCAUGGGUGGUGUGGUAGCAGUAGGAUAUCCAGGAGGCGCUGAGAUAAUCCGGAACCUUGGAGCUCGAUACUGGAUCAGCGCACACGACGAGGUCAAGGACAACAGAGGUUGGUCUGUGGCGUGGAUCAAGAGUAGAAUGUACUCUUCGGAAGAAGCACAACAAAAGUUAGACGAGGAAACGAAAAGCACCGUAUUGCAUCAGGAUGGAAAGCACGGAACACUUGGCCCAAGGACCCAGAUCUUCAGACUGGAUGUGGGAGAACAGCUACGCAUCGUUUGAUUUUGGGCGCACUUUGAUUUUUCCAGCGAGCAUAUAACGACUAAUGAAGGGUAAUGACUACUAAUGAGGCCGUAAUAAAAGAAGGCAAUUUCUCGAACGCACUUUCUACCUGCUGCCGUUUCAUUCGUUCUUCCUGACCAAAACUCCCCUCGGAUCAUAUCUCUUCUUCACGGCUUGUAACCUCUCGUAGUUGUCGCCAUAGACC